UUCUGAAGCGAGCGGAUGGAGAGAGGCAGAAAGAAGUGAAGCAGCGAAGGGUAAGCAGUGUGCGGACAGUGACACUGUUAUGGACAGUGGGCGCAGAUGUUUGUCACAGCGGCCGGUCUCCAGUGUCUCUGCGUCCUAGGACCACAUCUGUGCAAUAAAUGGGAUUUUCUUUUUAAAGAGGUGCCGUCAAACAAUCUUCAAAUAAGGAAGCUUUCUGUAGAGCUGGUUGGGAAAUUCCUGUUUGUUUUGUGGUCAGUGUUACUAACUGGAACAAGAGUGAAGAAAAAGAUGGACGGAGAAAUGAGGAGCAGAAGGGCACUUUCUCUGAUGUGCUUGUUUCUGACUGUGCUCCAGAUCAACACACCUUCCUCAGCUCAAAACACAACUUUGAGUACUGCUAGCACCACCACCAAAGCUCCAAGCACCGGUGCUCUCAGGUACAGCACACUACCAUCUAACAUCUCAGUGGGUGUGGGAGAGCCUGCAGUGUUUCACUGUGGCGUGCCCGAAGCGCAUCCGAACCUCACGUUUACCUUGUAUGGGAGUAAUCACAACUACAGCCUCACCUGCCCCGGUGGCCACGUGGAAGACAUCCCCCAGGCUGUCUAUGGACGUUGUGAAAUGAAGAAUGGAGAGUCGCUGGCUGUGUGGACCCUCCUGGGAACUGCCUUGCCCCACAACGGCACAAGAGUAGUUUGUCAGCAGCUGAGCAACCCGAGAGCGCUCUCUGCCGUCCUGCAUGUUUAUGAUACUGGUGCAACCAAUGUCCUUCUCAUUGGCUGUAUUCUUGGGGGAUUCUUUGGCGUCCUGUUAGUGGCAGCUUUGUUAUACACCUUCCUGGUCAAAUCUGAGUCCUUCCAGGAAUGCUUCGGUGGGGAAGAAACCGAAGAG